CGGACCCGACGUUGGCAGACUACUGCUCGUCGCCGUUUCCCCCAUCCUCUGGUCUGCUGGACGUGCUCUCUGGGAUCAUCUGCUUACCCGCGUCUUGACUGUGUGUUCGGAUCUAAUUCUGUUUUGACGGUCCCUUACGGGGGCGUGUACUCUCGGACCGCACUAUUACGGCUGUAAACCUACGAUCCUCGCUCUCCGGGGGCAACGAGGGGAACAUUCGACACACCUCGCGCUGUGUAAAGUGUCAUAAUACUUGCGGAGGCAACGUGUCAUCGGUGCCAUUCACGUGUACCCCGAUCAACCCCACGACGUCGUGCAAGGCGCUCAUCGUUCCACCUUCCGACUUUCUCGAGUCGCUCAACCACGACCUAUCACGACUUAACGAAACACAAACACCAUGGACGGUACCCGAUUGCGAGAGUCGUGGUACGCCGCACUCGACAAUGCACAGGCGCACUUUAGGCAGCUUCUCACCUCCCAUGCAUCUUCUGACUGGAAGCGCCUGCCAGUCACGAACGAUGGUGCUGCCCCGACGACGAAGGGAAAGGGGCGUGCAUCUGGCGUACCGGAAGUCACAGAUGUUCUCGUUCACCGCCGCGCAAGCAAGUCGGGGGAAAACGUUUACCGCGCCGUCCUGGAGGUGUCCAUAGGCGACGAACCAAUUUCCCUGGAGACGUGGAAGUCUGUGCUAGUGACGCCAGAGCUGCGGAGAGAGUGGGAUCCGGCGGUUGAGGGCGCGCAGCUACUCGAAAUGUUCGACCAGGCGACGCGGAUCUCGAAGGUUAACUUUAGGUUGGGCUGGCCUUCGAAUCCUCGGGAUGCGGUCACAAUAUCACGCACGUUCAACGAUGCCACUACCCUCAUCGACAUCUCUACCUCGCUUCCUCGUUCCCCGGACGAGCCGACUUACCUGCGACCCUCUCCUCCAUAUGUGCGCUCUGAUGUCACAUUGUUUGCUUGGUGCAUACAGCGCAUACAACCACAGCCAAGCGAGCAGAAUGGGUUCCCAAACCCUCUUCCUUCGAAAUUGCACAUCACUUGCUUCUGGCAACAUAGUUUUCGAUUGCUAUGGAAUCUCGGCUCAGGCUCGAACUUCGGGCAGCAGCUGGGUGCAAUGACCGUAGGCUUAUUCAAGACCGUGCAGCAGCGUGGCGCACGCGUCCCGCUCCUCACGGGGUACGGGAACGGAGUAUCUAUCGAACGCGUACACUUCGCCAUCGACAGAGAAGCGCUCACUGUAGACUAUUCCAUCGUUCCUGAGGACGAAGACCAUCCGCCACCAACAGAACACAGCCUGGAGGAGCUACAUACCAUACGGGAGAUACGAAGGCUCACUCGCUCGGUCGAGUUCUCGUUACCUGCCGCCCACGGUUGGGACGUUCAGCUGUCUACGAAGGGGUCAGCCGAAGUGUCGCAGCUCCCUUGGACGGCCCAUGCCACCAGACCGCCAUCAGCAUCAUCGAGCGUGGACGCAGGGGUUGUAGACCAGCCGAAGUUCGUCUUCGCGGUGAAGCAUGCGUCUCUGCCGAACGAUCACUCUGUGCUGAAAGUUCGGGUCGUCGUCGAGCUCUCGGGGCCUUCUAGCGGACUCCGCUUGAACGGCAUACCGCAAUCGAUUGAAGAACUCGAAGCGCGCGACCCCGCGUCCUUCUUCAUCUCGCAGUCCAUGUUCCAGGACGCGUCGAGUACGGCGGAGAAGAGCUUCCAUACGCAGUCUUCUGUCGCCACCACCGCCACAAGCACAUCGAGGGCCUCCACUGUCGGCGGCGAUCGUCCUCAAAUUUCGCGGACACUUACGGAGCGGUCUGCAGCCGCAGAGAAGUCUAUACUGUCAAGAGUGAAGCGGAAUUAUAUCUACUUUUCUUCGCUAUUGCAAGAGCCGGAGGCCAAAUGGAAACAGACUGUGGAGGCGCGAGGCGUGUCGGUCUCGCAAUUGGACUCGAUCGACCCGACGUUGGUGGUCUAUCGGGGAGAGGCCACUUUCGUCGGCAUUGGUCUCUGGGACCUGUAUGCUGCCAUCACUACCCCUGGGGCGCGUUCAUAUUGGGACAAGUUGUACGAAGACGCUACGCUGCUGGAGGACGUGAACGAGCUGACGGAACUGUGGCACUUCAAGACUAAGCCUGCGUGGCCAGUCAACGGUCGGGAUAUGGUCGUGCUCAAGACGGUAUACAAGUCCCCGACGACGAUCCACGUGUUCGCUUUCUCUGCCGACGAUCCAAAUCUGUUCCCGCAGAUCCCGCCUGUGGACCCGAACGUCAUCCGAACGCAGGUGGACCUACAAGGCUGGUCGAUCGAGGCGCUGUCCCCGAACACGGUCCUCGUCACCUUGCUGGAGCAGUCCGAUCCCAAAGGAUGGUCGAACAAGGGGACGAUUCCGCAACAGAUGAUCACCGCUCUCGCCGGUAUCGGGGAGUUCGCGAUUAAGUGCGGUGGCCCGCCCAUCGUUACCCGGCUUGAGGGCGCGAAGACGAACCAAAUACGCUACGACCACGAACGCGGUAACUUCCGCGUGGAAUAUGAGGGCUGCGCGAAACGACGGGUGUCAGGCGAAGCGGAUAUCGGUCGAGGUGCUUCUUCGCCGUCGCUGCCGGUCAUCGAAUGCGAGAUUCGUUGCGACCUAGACACUUGGGCAUCUUCUCUCGACAUCGUUGUCGAUCCACCGCCUCAGUCCAUUGCUGCGCUCCGUCGUCACCGUUUCUCUGGUGGAGGCGGGGGUCUGUGGCUCACCAUCACCCACGACGCCGUGUUCUCGGAGCAAGAACGCCUGCAGGCCAUCAUUCGAAGAGGGCCGGUGAGCGCACCGAAGGACAAGGGCCUGGUCAUGGUGAACGGCGUCAAGCUCGAUGUGGACUUGGAAGAGAUGCCUGAGCGGGAGAUGAAGAACAUCACGAAGCAGAAGCGCAUCAAGCCUGCGCGCGUUCCACUUGACCAGCCUCCUGUUCUAGGCGUUAUACGUCGCCGUAAGGCUGAAUGGGACGCGGAUCAGGAUCCUCAAGCCGUGGAGAACGGAAGCAGCAAUGGGUCCUCCCCCGCCGCCUCUGCUACAUCGUUCGUGACUACCCCGCCCUCCUUCGCGACAUCGUUCUCGAAGUUCUUCACCUAUGCCGUCGAACAAGCGACGACGUCCACACAGCAGGCCGUGGCUGCUAUAUCCCCCGCUAUCGCCGGCGGAGAAGAUGCGGUGCCGUCCUCGGCAAAGCCGCCGAUGCAAUACGCGCUGGAAGCUCUAUCUUUCGUCCAGGAACUCCACUCUCAACCCUCCUCCGAAGGCUGGACCGUCGUCAGCGAGAAGGAUUUCCCCGUGCAUCGCAGAGUCUACCCUCAAGUCUCAUCCGUCAUCCCAGUCCACCGGGGAGAGAAGGUCGUCGAAGGCGUUGCCGCAGAAGAGGUUGCUUCUGUUCUCAAGAGCUACGACUGCAGGAAGCAGUGGGAUGCACGUUUCGACUCCGCCAGCGUACUCGAGGCGUACGGCGCCGACGCACACACCGCCUUCGUCGUCAUGAAGGGAGGUUUCCCUUUCCGGGACCGAGGAUUUUACUUGUCUUCCUUGAUCGCACGCGAGACCGUCUCCCAACCUGCAGCUCGUCGGAGCGCCACUGAGGUCGACCAUUCGUCAAGCGAGUCUCGGUCAGCUAUCUUCUGUGUUACGGCGUCCUUUUCACCAGAGUCGGUCGGCCAAUUCGCGGCUACCAAGUACAACUCCUACUCCCUCCCGAUUGGUCGCGUCUACCUUGACGCGUGGAUACUGGAAACACUCGACCCGUAUUCCUCGGAGAACUAUGCCAUCCCUUCCACUAAGUGUACUCGAGUGGUCGCUGUGGACUAUGCGGGCUCCAUUCCGGCGGCGAUGAAUUCGACGAUCAACGGCAUGCUCCCGAAGUCCAUCCUUGCCGUUGAGACCUAUCUGAAGAACCUUUCGCCCUCGCCGUUGAUGCGUCUACCCGCGACGGGCUUCAUCCUCGCACCUCCGCCUGAGGACAAGUUGCGGACGCCACAAGCUGGAUGGACGCUCCGCCAAAAGGAUACCAACCGCACGUUCCUCACCGCUGCAUUCGGCCCCUCCAGCAAGGUCUACUCCAGCGUCGUCAUCCUCAACGGCGCCGCGAGUUUCUCGCCGCCGGCAGCGGCAAACGAUAGGACUCCCAGGCCAAGUACCAUACUCCCCGGACCUAACAGUACGCCCGCGACUCCGGAAGCAGAGGCAUCUCUUGCAUCCGAGCCAUCUAACGACAGUCCGGAAGCCAAUGCCUCGGAGCGUCGGAUAAGGGCCGCACGCUCACGCUCUCCCCGCGCGCGUGACCUCGUCGGGCGGUCUUCGACGAUAUUCACGCCCCGCGGCGAGGUACGCCACCCCGUGGAUCUACUCGUCUCGGAGCUCAUUGUCGACUCAAAACUGUACCCUGGCGGCUACGACGUCCUCCUGCGCUCCCGGGUCGAGAAGUCCGGGAAGGCUCAGCUCGCGCUGCCCGUCUCCGCACCCGGGCAGCACGAAUCGGGCGGUGUGCCAGGCGCUGACGACGUUGCGCUUCCUAUCGCCUGCGCGGCGUAUACGCUACCGCCGUCCCCAUUACACUCCGCAGGAUUGAACACGGACCGACCCCCGCGCCAUUUGCUCCGAUUCACGUUGCCCACUGCGCAGUACCAGAUGUCGACGAUCGUGGACCCGCUGACUGGCGAAACACGAAGCGCCCCGCAGAAGCCGCAGUGGCUUCUCGACCUCGAGGACGGCCGCGCGAUUAUCGACAUUCGCGUGCGCCCUACAUCUCUCGCAGGCGGCGACAACAAUGCGCCCGCGAGGAUUGCAACAGCGGUGGCGGUGAACGGGGUGCGCGUGGCUGUGAUGAACGAGAAGGAAUCACUCACGGCGCUCGGGCGCGACGAACUCUUGGAGACGCGCACGGCGAAGGCGGAUAUCCUUGCACGGUCCGUUGCCGCAGAAGAGCAGGUGCCGACAGCGCUGCAGACCCCCCUGGCCAUUGCCCAGCACCUUCUGGAAGCCCCGGCGAGAGCACCCGAGCCGUCUGACGCGCCAGAACCUCAAGAGACGGAGAGUACGCCCGCGCCAUGCGAGGCGACAGAAGAAGCCGCCGAGAACGCAUCGUCGGCGUCGUCGAUCGCCGAGGCGCACCCGCAAGAGAGCGCCGGGCAUGGGCUGAUGCGAUUCCUGAACAGCUACACGCUGCCGUUCAGCCCGUCGCGGCGAUCGAGUGCACAGCUCAGCCCGAGCAGCCCAGACAUCGCGGGAGCAAGAUCGCCGCUAGGUGCUGUCAGCCCGAGAACGGGAAGCGAUGUGCUCGCGGGGACGUUACGGACGGGAACGCGGGGAGGGACGACAUACCCGCUGUCAACGGUGGUCGUCGUCGCGCUGAUCGCGUUCUUGGUGGGAUCGUUGCUGCGGUCGCUGCUGUCCCCCGCGGACUUCAUCUACGUGGUGACGGACGAGAAGGAGGUGGGGAGCGUGAGUGCGGGGACGUGGAGGGAGAUGAAGCGGCUGCUGGAGUUCAAGUAUGUGCUUGGCGGGUGGGACUUCCAGAUUGCGGUGGUGCGGCGACAUUAGGCCCCGCUCCAGUACGAUAUUUGAGGCUACGAUAUAGUAAUCAUAAUACGCGCGUGUUG